AUGACGGCAAUCUACAUCAAGGACCGUCUGCUGUCGCCUAAAGUUAUGCACAAGACUCCGUUCGAGAUCGUCCACAACUCCAAGCCAAGUGUCAAGCACAUGCGGGUGUUCGGUUGUCAGGUUUACAUACUGACACCGAAGGAGAAGCGGCUCAAGUGGGACCCCAAGGCUCGCACUGGGAUAUUCUUGGGCUACGAAGAAGCAUCCAAAGCGUACCGCGUUUAUGACAUCGAGGCGGGGCAGGUGGUCAUCAGUCGCGAUGUCAACUUUGACGAGUCCGCCUUUGGACUUUCGCCGCCAAUUACCGCUGAACAUGCCGAUGACAUUGACUUCGACUCCCUCGAUCUGGAUGAUGAAGCGCCAGGUCAAGCGCAGUACAAGAAAACAGGCAAGCGCAAGAGUCGUCCCCAUGAUGAAGAAGUACCAGCUCCCCCACGCACACAGUGCAAUAACGGCAUGGACUAG